ACGUGCCAACGCCGCCUGCCCUCCCCCUGCCGGCUGCUUUGACGCGAGUGGCGGCUCGCGCUGAGGCUCGCGAUGGGGAAGAAGUCACGGGCGGUCCCCGGCCGGAGGCCCAUCCUGCAGCUCUCCCCGCCGGGACCUCGGAGCGGCGCCUCUGGGCGCGACGCAGAACCCGAAGCCGAAGUGGAGGCUGACGCGGCGCUUUCCGCCCCGACUCUGACCCCGACCCCGACUCCGGCUCCGGCGCCGGCUCCGGUUCCGGCCCCGGCCCUGGCCCCUGUUCCGGCUCCGGUCCCGGCCCCGGCCCCGGCCCCGGCCCCGACCCCGGCUCCGGCUCCGGCUCCGGCCCCGGCCCCGGCCCCGGCCCCGGUUCCGGUCCCGAUCCCCACCCCGACCCCGACCCCGGUCCCGGCCCCGGCUUCGGCUUCGGUUCCGGCCCCGGCCCCAGCGACUGCUCCGGCCCCGACCCCUGCCCCGGCGGCGGCGGCGACGGCGGCCACCGUGGCGACCUCCCUGGAGGACUUGCCCUCGGAAGAUGAACAGGAAGUUGUUCCAGAGGUUCCGAAAGUUAUUGUUCAGAAUCCCCCCAAACCAGUCAUGCCAACCAGACCUACCACUGUUAAAGCAACAGGAGGCUUGUGCUUGCUUGGUGCUUAUGAAGAUAGUGAUGAUGAUGAGGGUGAUGUAUCUGAGAAACCAGCCUUGCCUAAAGAGGCAAAUGGAAACCAAUCCACCGACAUUGACAGCACAUUGGCCAACUUCUUAGCGGAAAUUGAUGCCAUAACAGCCCCCCAGCCUGCGUCAGCUGCUAGCACUUCUGCCCCGCCUCCAACUCCACCACGACCAGAGCCCAAGGAGUCUGGAACAACUUCCCUUUCUUCUUCAUCUACAAAUGGAGCAGACUCAAUCCAUCCAUCAGGAUGGCAGUAUGAUACGCAGUGUUCCUUGGCAGGAGUGGGAAUUGAGAUGGGAGACUGGCAGGAAGUUUGGGAUGAAAACACAGGAUGCUAUUACUAUUGGAACACACAGACAAACGAAGUGACUUGGGAGCUACCACAGUACCUGGCUACCCAAGUACAGGGAAUGCAGCAUUACCAACAAAGUUCUAUAACAGGUACUGAGACGAGUUUCCUGGUGCCAGCAGAUAUGUAUUCCAAGGAAAAGACUCUGUCUGUUACCAGUAGUAAGAGUGGGCCACUCUUGGUUAAACGAGAAGUUAAAAAGGAGGUGAACGAAGGUAUCCAAGCUCUUUCAAAUAGCGAAGAGGAGAAGAAGGGAGUGGCAGCAGCUCUGCUGGCCCCUUUAUUGCCUGAGGGUGUAAAAGAGGAAGAAGAAAGGUGGAGAAGAAAAGUCAUUUGUCAAGAAGUUGAUCCACUAGCAGAGGUAAAGGAGAUGGUGACAGAAGACUUGUCAGGGGCAAGGAAAACACAAGAACCCCUAGGAGAAAUCCCAGAAGACAAUUCCCAGGAGGAUCUUUGUAGUGUUGUGCAGUCAGGAGAAAGUGAAGAAGAAGAAGAACAAGACACUCUUGAGCUAGAGCUCGUCUUGGAGAGAAAAAAGGCUGAACUACGAGCAUUGGAGGAAGGAGAUGGUAGUGUGUCAGGGUCUAGUCCACGUUCUGAUAUCAGUCAAUCGGCCUCUCAAGAUGGAAUGCGUAGACUUAUGUCUAAGAGAGGGAAAUGGAAGAUGUUUAUCCGAGCUACCAGUCCAGAAUCUACCAGCCGGAGUUCUAGCAAAACUGGCCGUGAAACCCCAGAAAAUGGAGAAAUUGUGAUGGGCACUGAGAUUUCAGAGAAAAUUGAUGAGAAUUCAGACAAAGAGCUAGAAGCAGAAGAAUCUCCAGAAAAACUAAAGUCACAAACAGUGCCAAAGCUGGAUGAAGAACAGGACUUGAAAUUUCAGAUUGGAGAACUGGCAAAUACCCUGACCAGUAAACUGGAAUUCCUAGGAAUUAGCAGACAAUCCAUCUCCAAUUUUCACGUGCUACUCUUACAGACUGAGACGCGGAUUGCAGACUGGCGAGAAGGAGCUCUCAACGGCAGCUACCUCAAACGAAAGCUACAGGACGCAGCAGAGCAACUAAAACAGUAUGAAAUAAACGCCACUCCUAAAGGCUGGUCCUGCCACUGGGACAGGGAUCAUAGACGUUAUUUCUAUGUAAACGAACAUUCGGGCGAGUCUCAGUGGGAAUUCCCAGAUGGUGAAGAAGAAGAAGAAGAAGGGCAAGCCCAGGAAAAUAGAACAGAGACUCUUCCUAAACAAAUCUUGAAAGAGAAAACUGGCACUGAGGCAAACUCUGGGGAAUCCACUGAGAAUUCCACAGGUUCUGUUUGUAAAGAGCCCUUUUCUGGUCAAGUUUCUUCUGCAUCACUCGUGCCACUCACUCCAUUUUGGACCCUUCUUCAAUCCAAUGUUCCUGUGCUUCAGCCUCCAUUACCCUUAGAAAUGCCGCCCCCGCCUCCGCCUCCCCCAGAGUCUCCCCCUCCCCCACCCCCACCACCUCCUGGAGAAGAUGGUGAGAUUCAGGAGGUAGAGAUGGAGGAUGAGGAAAAUGAAGAGCCUCCUGCCCCAGGAACGGAAGAAGAUGCCCCAUUGAAGCCCACUGUGUCCACACCAGUUGUCACCAGCCAGAGUUCAGUUGAUUCUACCACCUCCAAUUCUACUACCACUAAAGCAGUAAAGAGGAAAGCCUCAGAAACAAAUCCCAGCGUGGCCCAAAGAUCAGCCACCAUUGGUGGUUCUCCAGUUCUCUACAGCCAGCCAGCCCUAACUACAGGUCACCAAACUGUAAAUGUCAGCCACCAACAAGCCUCAGAUGUCGCUCAUCAAACAACAAGCACCAGUCACCAAGCCACAGGGCUAGGCCUCCAAUCAAGUUACCUGGGACUAGGAGCAUCACCUGCUGUCAUGUCUUACACCGAGUGUCCUUUACCAGUUCGAAUGACUGUUCCCACAUUACAGCCAGUCCCAUCUCGAAGCAUGCUGAGUACGACUAACAUUACAGAGCCUCCGCCUCCCCCUGCUCCCAAGAUGCCACCACCUGAAAAGAACAGAAAAGGGAAAAAGGACAAGGGGAAGAAGAGUAAAACAAAAAUGCCGUCUCUGGUAAAGAAAUGGCAGAGUAUCCAGCGGGAGCUGGAUGAGGAGGAGAAUUCUAGCUCCAGUGAGGAAGAUCGCGAGUUGACAUCACAAAAACGAAUUGAAGAAUGGAAACAACAACAAUUAGUCAGUGGCAUGGCGGAGAGAAAUGCUAACUUUGAGGCCCUUCCUGAGGAUUGGCGUGCUCGACUAAAGAGAAGAAAAACAGCUUCAAACACAUAAUUCAUUUGGGGCAUUUGUGUUUUAUUUUCAUGUACAGUUAAGAGUCUUACCAGUUUUACUGUUGUCAAAUAAACUGUAAAUGUUUUGGGAGAACAUUGAAUUUCCUGGAUUGAUGAAAGAACACACGCAAAACCAAGAUUUCCUUCCCUUUUGAAGAUUGGAAUCAUAAUGGCCACUGUUAAAGGCUCAGGCCCCCCGGACUUCCUCUGGCGCUUCCUGUGUAGGCCAACAGCUUCAUCAGUUUGAGGCUGAGGCUGAGAAGCAGGAUGUCAGUCACAGCUUAAUGUGUGAAGAUGCUUCCAGGCCCCGGGGGUGCAGGAAUCGGGGAAGACGGGGUGGGGGGGAGGGAAGGCUGAGGGAUCUGGACUUGCCAGUUUGGAGCCCUUAACCAUCUGUCCCCAGCAAGUGCAAUUAAGCGGAAGGCAGCAGCUCUCUUAGUUUUUCCUCCAAAGUUACUUGCUUCUCCCCUGCUCGGGCCAGCCUGUGCUUCUUGGCUCGGGCUGCCCGCUGCCUGUAUUCUACAGUACCAAGGUGGUCUCACAAGUGUGUAUGCAGUUAAUGUUACUGUCCACAGAGAUUCUAGAGCUGAAUGCACCCAUCUCACUUUUGUGGAGUUGGGGUUCAGAACUUCACCCAAGCAGCAGCAAUUACCACUUAAUAUCUUGGAUGAAGAAAAGUAGAUUUCUUAAUCUCUUGUUCUUAGCAGAAUGAGUGUAUCGGGAGCAGCCGAAUCCAGAUUAAUGUGUCUGUCUCCAUUUUACCCCGUGCUCAAGUGCACCCUCCUUCUGUCUCCGCAUUGUACUUACUCUGUAAAGAUUCCAGUAUUUAAACAGCGGUUCCCCGUUCUUUCUGUAUUUUGUAUCUUAUCACAAUCAGGUAAAAGUCACUUUCUUUAAACUGAAGGAAAAGCAAAUUGUGUUUUAAAGCUGUUUGUAUUUCUCCAGUUUUUGACUUUGUAAAUUUGUAUAUAUGCACUAAUAAAAUCUUUUUAUACUUCUGA